GAGAACAGGAGUUGGAGAAAACAAGUGGAAGAGAAGCCGUUGCUUUGUCCACAAUGAAGACUGGCACAGACAACCCAGGGCUGGAGCUCACGGAAGAAGGGUUAAGUCCUGAGGGACCCAGGAGGACUGAAGAGCAAGGACAAAGCCCCCCGGAUGGGCUGGGGCCUUCCACUCACCACAGGGGGAGACUACUACAACCUUUCACCAGGGCAAGAAGUUUCUGCAAAAGACAUGCCAGCCUGUUCAAGAAGAUCCUGCUGGGCCUGUUCUGUUCGGCUUACGCUGCCUACUUCCUGGCAGCCUGCAUCUUGGAUUUCCAGAGGGCACUGGCCUUGUUCGUCCUCACGUGCUUGGUGCUCUUGGUCCUGGUUCACCGCGCUCUGAAAAGUGUGUUUGGUAAAACAUUAACAAGAUGUCUGAAGCCCUUUGAAAACUCCUGUCUGAAGCUUUGGAUGAAACGGGUGUUCGCUGGAGUCGCCUUGGUUGGCCUCAUCCUGUGGCUAGCUCUAGACACAGCCCAAAGGCCAGAGCAGCUGAUGUCCUUUGCAGGAAUCUGCAUGUUCAUCCUCAUCCUCUUUGCCUGCUCCAAACACCACAGUGCAGUGUCCUGGAGGACGGUGCUUUGGGGCCUGGGUCUUCAAUUUGUUUUUGGGAUCUUGGUCAUCAGAACUGAUCCUGGAUUUAAUGCAUUUCAAUGGCUGGGAGACCAGAUUCAGAUUUUCCUGAACUACACAGUGGCUGGCUCCAGUUUUGUCUUUGGGGAUACGCUGGUCAAGGAUGUCUUUGCUUUUCAGGCCUUACCGAUCAUCAUUUACUUUGGAUGUGUGAUGUCCAUUCUCUACUAUCUGGGCCUUGUGCAGUGGAUAGUUCAGAAGGUUGCCUGGUUUUUACAAAUUACCAUGGGCACCACCGCCACAGAGACCCUAGCUGUGGCAGGAAACAUCUUUGUGGGUAUGACAGAGGCACCUCUGCUCAUCCGUCCAUACCUUGCAGACAUGACACUCUCUGAAAUCCAUGCAGUGAUGACCGGAGGGUUUGCCACCAUUUCAGGCACUGUGUUGGGAGCCUUCAUAUCCUUUGGGAUUGAAGCGUCAUCUUUGAUUUCUGCAUCUGUGAUGGCUGCCCCAUCUGCUCUUGCCUUGUCAAAGUUGGUAUAUCCAGAAGUGGAGGAAUCCAAGUUCAAGAAUAAGGAAGGAGUAAAAUUGCCCCGUGGGAAGGAGUCGAAUAUCCUGGAAGCUGCCAGCAAUGGAGCCACAGAUGCCAUAGGCCUUGCUACUAAUGUAGCAGCCAACCUGAUUGCCUUUUUGGCCGUGUUGGCCUUCGUCAACGCUGCCCUUUCCUGGCUAGGGGAAUUGGUAGACAUACAGGGGCUCACUUUCCAGGUGAUUUGCUCCUAUAUCCUAAGGCCUAUGGUUUUCAUGAUGGGUGUAGAGUGGGCAGAUUGUCCAAUGGUGGCUGAGAUGGUGGGGAUCAAGUUCUUCACAAAUGAGUUUGUGGCCUAUCAGCAACUGUCUCAAUACAAGAGCAAACGUCUCUCUGGAGUGGAAGAGUGGAUCGAGGGCGAGAAACAGUGGAUUUCUGUGAGAGCUGAAACGAUUACAACAUUUUCACUCUGUGGAUUUGCCAAUUUUAGUUCCAUAGGAAUCACACUGGGAGGCCUGACAUCAAUGGUACCCCACCGGAAGAGUGACUUGUCCAAGAUUGUAGUCAGAGCCCUCUUCACAGGGGCCUGUGUAUCCCUUAUCAGUGCCUGUGUGGCAGGAAUCCUCUAUGUUCCCAGGGGAGCUGAAGCUGACUGUGUCUCCUUCCUAAACACAAGUUUCACCAAUAGAACCUAUGAGACCUAUGUGUGCUGCAGAGAGCUCUUCCAGAGUACUUCUCUGAAUGGUACCAACGCUCCUUCUUUUUCUGGUCCAUGGGAAAAUAAAGAAUUCAGUGCCACAGCCCUUACUAACUGCUGUGACUUCUACAACAAUACUGUGUGUGCCUAAGGCUGGUCCAUUUUCAUAACAGUCUCGGUCUUGACAGACUUUUGAUGGUAAAGGUAUUUAUGUAGUCAAGAGUUCCCACUCUGCAACUAACUCACCAUGAUCUUUAACAGUACAUGUAAAAAAAUAAUUUGGUUCACUGUAUGCCAGUAAUGAAAAUCAGCAUUUGUCUUUCCAUUAUUUGGCUGAACCAAAUAGGAAAUUCUUUAUGGGCUCUGUCUGAGUUUACAUGUGAAAUAAUAAAUAUUACCAUAUCAAAAAUAUCUGGCAAAUCUUCCUUCUAGUUGCCACCUUAAAAAUUCUGUGAUACAGUCUGCUAUAAAUGUGACUUAGUAUGUAAUGCACACUGCGGUGAAAAGCUGUAUUUU